AUGCAGCUCAUAUCGUGCGUUACCAUAGCCGCUUUUGCGAUCUUCGGCGCUGCUUCAGCAGGAUAUAUUCCACACGGCCAUGCCUCCAGUUAUGCCGCAGUAGUGCAACACGAUGACGUGCAUCAGUUUGGCGUGCAUGGAUAUGACAGCUAUGGUGCAGCAGUUGAUCACGGCCAUCUCGGACAUUAUGAACAUCACGAGCCUCAGCACUACCCCAAGUAUACAUUCGAUUAUGGCGUUAAGGACGCGCACACUGGCGAUCAUAAGGGUCAAUGGGAGCAACGUGAUGGCGACCAUGUUAAGGGUGGCUACACUUUGGCCGAAGCUGACGGCACUACCCGCGUUGUGGAAUACACAGCCGAUGACCAUAAUGGCUUCAACGCUGUUGUAAAGAGAAUUGGCCAUGCUCAGCACCCUCAGGUGUACCACCACGCUUAUGAUCACCACGGCAUCUAUUAAGUUUGAAAAUGGUUUAAAAUUACAAUUUCAGGUUUAGUCCAAAUUCGGGCAAUAUACGGCGGC